AUGAAGCGCCCACGCCUCCUUUUCGCUCUACUGCGGAGCUCCGUAACAGCGUUGGCUACUGGAGAAAAGACAAGAAUAAUCUUGCCACAAACUCAGAACAUCCAAGUCCGUUUGGCAAAGAAAUCUGACAUAUCAGCGAUACAACGCUGCAAUUUAGAAUGUCUUCCCGAGAACUACAACUCUCAAUUCUAUCAAUCGCAUUUGAAUCAGUGGCCCGAACUUGCUGUGGUUUGUGAAGACGUCUCGGACGUGCCCCCAGAUCAAACGGGUUUGUCUUUUUCAUUUCCGAACGUGGCAGAAUCUCCUCCAAGGAUAAUUGCUUAUGUUUUGGGCAAAAUUGAAACUCGACCCGUCAAGAACUUUGACGGCGCGGGGUAUAGUAAGGAGCAGGUUGAAACACUAGGUCACGUGACAAGUCUAGCUGUCCAAGAUGGAUUUCGCCGUCUCGGUCUCGCACAAGCAAUGAUGCGCCAGCUUCAUCACCAUUUGCAGCACCAAGGUAUCAAACAAUGUGGUUUACACGUGAGAACUUCGAAUGAAGCAGCCUGCCGUCUAUAUCAAAGAGACGGUUACGAAAUUGCGCAGAUCAUUCCAGCAUACUAUCAAGAUGGCGAGGAUGCGUACUUUAUGAGAAAAUCUCUGCCAGAGUCGAGUGCAAACUCAGCAGGACAAUCUCUAUUCUUUAGCAAUAGAAUUUGGAAAACUGGACCCGCUGAGCUACGACUUCCUCGGCAUCACAUCGUUGGGCAAGGACUGUCAAGCAAUGCACUAUCUGAAAAGACAGCUUCAUCGCCUGAAUACUUUAGGGGAGCAGUAAUUACUGAGGCACAAUAUUAG